AUGUGUUCGCCGGCUUUGGAGAAAGAGCGUCUAUGCCAACUGGAUUUUGAAGAAGACUCCGGGCGAGAUAGUGCAUCGGAAAGUCAAGUCUCCCCUGCCACGGCGGUUCCAAUUGCGCUUCCACCUAAUUUUGAUCCAAUGCUGCUGCAAUUGGGCAGUCAACAAUUGUUGUCAUUGCUACAGUUAGCAAACUUUUCGGCGGGCGUGCCGAACCCGCAGAGCUUCCCGAUGCACCCACUCUGCGAUCCGACCGUGCUGCAGAUGCUGAAUGUCGAGAAGCCGCACAGCGAAUUGACGAUUAAAAGAGAGCCGUCAUUUAAUGACGAGACAACCAGCACCACUUCAGAACAAUCUGGCAUUACGCCGACGAAGAAGCAAGCGCUAGACUAUGCUGAGCGUCGACGGCGAAAUAACGAUUCGGCUAGACGAUCGAGAGAGGUGCGCCGGCAACGCGAAAUGGAAAAUCGGCAUAAAAGCGAGAAGUUGGCCCGGGAGAACGAGGAGCUGCGCAAGGAGGUGCAACGAUUACGCGCCGAGGUUGCGCAGGUGACGAUGGCCGUGUUGGCCAUGAACGAGCUGAAGAAGAGCCAA